AUGAAUUCAUAACAUAAAUUUGUUUUUAGAGUAAAAUAUUCAUAUUUAUUAUAACUAGUUAAUCUUCAUUUAAUAUUUCCUCUAAAACAAAAUGUAAUAGACUUAAUAAAAUUGGUAAGGAAAACAAAUAAAUGCAGCAACAUUAGACAAUCCUAACAGAAACUAUAAAAUAGAAAGUGUCUUAGGAUCAGGCUCCUAAGGCUCAGUCUAUUUAGGCAAACAUAUUAUUAACAAUUUCUAACAAAAUAAUGUUGCAAUGAAAAUCCAAUCAUAUAUGAGUGAAUAAGAAAUUCAAUUUUUAAAGAGCUUAAUUCUCUAUCAAAAACAAUAUGAAGGCAACAAACAGAAUGCACAAAGUUAUAAUCCUUCAUAGAUAGUGAGAAUAUUUGACUUCUUUCAGUAUAAUGAAUUUUGGAUUUUAGUUAUGGAAUUAGGCACAUAAGACCUUUACAAAUUUAUUUAAUAGAAACAAUAGCUCCCAAUUUAAUAAUUAGGAUAGGUUCUAAAAUAAGUAACAUUUAUUUCAAAUUAAAAUAGAUUACAAAAUCUAUUGCAUUUUUACACGAUAACUAACUUAUACAUCGAGACAUUAAGCCAGAAAAUUACAUUUUAAUUGGGGAUGAAUAUAAAUUAAUUGAUUUUGGUUUGGUCACCACUCAGUUUAGAUAGAAAACUACUAAUGUUGGAACUGUGUUAUAUUAAGCUCCUGAACUUAUCACUAACUAAAAUAAUUACACAUAAACUAUUGAUAUAUGGUCCUUAGGUUGUUUAUUUUAUGAGAUACUUUCUGGAUAACCUUUGAUAUAAGGAAUAAAUUAAGACUAAGUCUAAAAAAUGAUUUUGGCUCAUAAACAAGAUUGUACUGCUAUCAAUCUAAGAAUAAAUUCAUUAAGUUGCAAUAAAGAGAUAAAAGAUAUGAUUGUUCGUAUGCUUGAUCCUAAUCCUGAAAAUCGAUUACAAUGUCAAUAAAUUAUGGAAAUAUUAGAUUCCAAAUUUUCCUUAUAGAAAUUUCCAAUAAUUAACAAUUUUCCACCACAAGUAAAUAUUCUGAAAGCCUAAAAUAAUUAACUCCCAAUCAUUCAAUACUAACAAAUACCUUAACAAUAACAAGGUAUUGUAAUGCAAUUUAAUCAAUAAAAUUAAUAAUCAAACUCACAAUCACUAGUGGAAAUAUAAAAAUAACUGGCAUAAUAGUAAACCUUAUUAGAAAGCAUAACAACUAAUUUUACUCUCCUUAGUGCAUUUUUAUAGGAUUCAAAAAAAAUGAUGAAUGAAGUUUAAAAAGAGUAAGGAUAAUAGAAAAUAGAAAUUAAUCAAAUAAAAAAUGGCUUAAAGGCUGAAAUUCAAAAUAUUUUAGUUGAAAAAUUAGAGCCUUAUUAAAAUAAUACCUGUUCUAAAUUAGAUAAAUUAUUCGAAGAACAAAAAACAAUAAUGAUUGAUUAAUAACAAUAGUUACUUGUUUAAAACAAAGAUAUCAUGACAUUAAUUUAAUAGUCUAUUACUAAUAAAUUAUAGGAUCAAGAGGAAUUUUAAAAAAUCCUAAAAGAAUCUUUUAAUAAUCAAGAAUAAUUAAAAUAACUAACUUAAGAAUCUUUCGAUAAGCAAGAAUAAUAAAUAACAAUAAUUAAAAAAUCUUUGGAGGAAAACUCUAAAGAACUAAAAGAAUUUUAUGAAAAAUUAAACAAUUAUUAUCAUUAAAUUUAAAAAGAAAAAUAAUAAAAUACAACCAAACUUCUACCAAAUAAGAAUCCAGAUAAUUUUUAACAGCAAUCUGAAAAAAUAAACUAAAAGAAUUCAAAUUAAUAAUAAAAUCAAAAUAAUCAACCACCUAUAUGCAAUAAUGAUCAAAAGAUUUAUGAUGGAUAGUUUUUAAAAAAUGCUUUAAUAACAAAAAAAAAAAAAAAGUCAAACGAGUAAUAAAGGUUGCUAACAGAUAAAAUCCAAUUAAUAAAAGUACAAUAUAACUCAUGA